GAUGAGUUUGAGAGCUUCGCUUCUCCUGUCGUGUUUGUAGCUCAGGUCGUUAGUUUAUGUCAUUGAUCAGAAAGUGCAUUAGUAACGGUAGCUGUGGAUUUAAUCUCCCUCAUCCAGAGCUCUGCUUUUACUCGAAUGGAACAUGUCCCUGACACCAGCUGCAUGUGAUUUUGGGCUGCUGGACAGACAGGAGGAGGACAUAAAACCUCAGGCAGCUGUAAUUCGGCGGAACCUUUUUGGCCCUGUGGACCACCAGCAGUUGCAGCAGGACUUCCAGAGGCUCUUCUGCAUGAGCGUGGAGAACGCCAAACAGCGCUGGAACUUUGACUUUCAGAGGGACCAGCCUGUCCCCGGCUGCGUUGAGUGGGAAGAGCUGCGGUGCCAGGACGUCCCAGCAUUCUACCAUAGCUGUGUGGUCAGGCCCGGUAUGGCAAAGCAAAUGGUGGAAGCAGCUGUUGGAGAAGGAUCCUGCGCUUGUUCUUCUCAAGCAAAGGCCACAGAGAAAUAUCUGGAGCUUUGGACCAGAGGAACUUUGAGGGGAACCAAGCCAGAGAAGAGAAAGGCUGCACUGCUGGGGGUCAAUAGCAGACAAGCAAACAUCACAGACUUUUUCAGAGUGUCUAAAAGAAGAUUUCUUCAUCACAAAGCUUCACCAGGACAGUAAACAUUACUUGGACUUUUUUUGUAUAAAUGUACAUACAAUAUUUGCACAUGUAGCUCUUCUAACUGACCAGCAAAUAAGACUUAAUAGGCUAUAUACAUAUAUAUAUAUAUAUAUAUA